GCGUAAGUCGAACAAUUAUGACAGUUGACAUUUGUUUCAAUAGAAAAUAACAGUGAAGUUAGGCAUUAAUCUACUUGGAGAGUGCCGAUGUUUUACCGCGACAUUUUCGCGCGGAAAGCCGGGCGCUAUCGAGCCGUGAAAAGCUAAUAGAAAUGUGGAAAUAUAAAAAAAUACAUUUUGUGUAAUUUUUUCUUUUAUUACAAGUGUUUGUAGUACCAGAAGUGUAAAAAGCUUAUUUAAAUUUGUGCUAAUUUUGUAGAAACUCGUCCUCUCAUAUCUAGUGCAUAUGAAAUUUUUGCUUUUUGGAUUUGAAUCUAUUUAUUGAAUGACCAGGCACUGGAGAUAAGGUGCCAGCAAAUUUGUCCCACCUACAAUGGAACAAACUGGUGAAGACAAUGAGAGACGUGUGAACCUAAAAAGGAAAAGAAUUUCCUGUGACGAUGAGGUAGAAAAUGUCCCACCAUUAAAAAUAUCCUCGAAGUUAGAAGAAGAACUUAAUGAUCAACCAGCACAAAAUGUGGUAGUCGAAUCCUCAUCCUGCUCGAGUGAUGAUGAAGGCUCCCACUAUGAGAACAUUGAACAACCUCAAAGUGUAUACACUGAUUUAGAUUAUAAUCCUGAUAGUUUCUUAAGUCCGCAAAGCAUAACUGAAUUGUCCAGUUGUGUACUAAGUCCUUUAGAAAAUGUGGCAAGAGGAGAGUCUACCCCACACUCUAACAAGAGGCCCAGCACAAAUAAAUCAGAAUGUCCCUUACCACCCAAACGCAAGUGCCCUCUCCCUGGACUCUCCUGGGCUGACCCCUCAGAUGUUUGGAACAGCCUAUGCGCUUGUGAUGCUAAAUCAAGGCUACAGAAGAACCCUAAUAUGUUUGAGAAACACCCUAAUCUUCAACCCCGUAUGAGAGCAAUCCUUCUAGAUUGGUUGAAUGAGGUGUGCGAGGUGUACAAACUGCAUAGAGAAACGUUUCACUUGACAGUAGAUUACAUAGACCGAUUUCUUACAAACACAGAAGACUUACAGAAAAGUCGGUUACAGCUUAUUGGUAUAACAUGUUUAUUCAUUGCUGCGAAAGUGGAAGAAGUUUACCCUCCGAAGAUCGGGGAGUUCGCUUACGUGACGGACGGAGCUUGCACCACGGAGGAAAUACUGGAGCAGGAGUUGUUAAUCUUGAAGAUAUUGUCGUGGAACUUGACGCCUAUCACGAUCAACAGCUGGUUGAAUAUUUACAUGCAGCUGGCUAGUGAGGGGCGCAGUGCUAAGCGCAGGCUCGUCGGAGAGAGCGAUAUUGGCGCGAACGAACUCAGAGGGUACACGUUCGUGUUCCCGCAGUAUUCCUCGCUGGAGUUCGUAGUGUGCGGCCAGCUGAUCGACCUGGCAGUUCUACACGUGGAUGUAAACACAUUUUCCUACAGUGUGGUCGCCGCUGCAGCGAUUGCGCAUUCCUUCACCAAGGAUCUGGCUGUCAGGGUAUCAGGAUACAACUGGUCGAGCGUGAGCGAUUGCUAUGCUUGGCUGGAGCCAUUCGUGCGCGUGGUGCGGGCCGAGGGAGCCGUCAGCAUCGUGCGCGGUGGAGACGGGGAGUUUGUGCAACACUCCGCCGGACUGCAGGACAUAUGCCCCGCGCUCAACAUGGACGAGAGCCACCGCAUCCAGUCGCACAACGUGUCGCUCGACAUGUUUGACAAAGUGUACCAGUUACUACAAGAAGAGUCGCAGAGUGAGACCGCUAGUACUUCGCACGUUUUCCCCCCGACGCCGCCGCAGUCCGGACACAAGAGCCCUAAAACCACACCCACGAAGACACCUUCCACCAGGCACACCCACACAGUAUACGAAGCGCAAGAGUAGCCAAUAUAGAGUGCGAUACGAACUUUUUGGAAGUUGUGAAGUCAGCAAUGAGGUUUUAAUAAUAGUAGGGUAGACCGUAUAAGAUCGACCUUCAUCGAUCUGAUAACUCGAUGAGACAUAUUUUUUAUCAAUUAAAAUUUAUAAAAAAAUAUGCCUCUGAUUACUUACCUAUCGAAAAGUGUUCAUAGCUAUUUUUAAUUUAAUUAAUUUUUAUCAAUUUUCUUUCAUCACCUUCACUCUUAUGAUAACCGAAUGAUAGUUCUCGUAGUAUCUCAACUGAUACUUUUUAACACACAGAACAUGCCAAGGUAGGCUCGCCUACUUAUUUCUGUACAUGGUUACGUAGCAAGCGG